AUGCCGACUCGCUUCGAAGUACGCAAGCAAAAGAUCCUGGAACAGCUCGAUGCUCCAGAUGGCGAGUACCACGAUCUGUCCCCAAAGGGCUCCAUUGAUGCGCCUAUCCGAGAUCUAAUCGGCGAGAUCAAUAAGCUCCAAGGUCUCGUUACAACAAGCAGUUGCUCGGGGCGCAUUAGUGUGUUUUUAGAAGGGCGUAAAGCAGAUGCCGAAGCAUCAGACUCGGCUCAAGGGGAAGAAUCACGUGCUGGUCCAGGAGGCAAAGGUGGUGGGGGUGCAUGGCUGUUCAUUUCGCAUACGCCAGUUGAACGUGUCGAAGCAAAUCAUGAUCUCAUGUCGGAGUUUGGCUUGCAGAAAUAUGAGACUGAGGAGAGAACACCUAGUGUUUCUUGCAGAUACAUUCAUCUCAAGUUUGAACCCAUGAUACUCCACAUCCUGAGCGCAUCAAUGGACCAUGCCCAAAAAGUCCUCACUGCUGCCUUGACUGCAGGAUUUCGUGAGAGCGGGGCCGUGAGUCUAGGGUCACCAAACACGGGAGAUUCAAAUCCUAUGGUAGCAGUUCGGUCAGCUGGAUAUUCAUUCGACUCCAUCAUUGGCUAUCAAGAUGAUGAUGGAAGUAACGUUGCCCUGGUAGACCAACAGUAUUUGCGAACGUUGAUCAAGAUUGCCAACGAGCGCUUCAAGAUCAACUUUGAUCGUAUAAGUCGGUUUCGCCAGGCCCUUUUGCAGAUCUACGAACCGAAGCUUUUGAACGGGACCAAGGCUGAUUGGGAAGAUGCAGAUGUCAGGAAGCGGCGCAAGAGAGAAGAAGGCCUUGCGCGGCAACAAGCUUUGCAGAAUCAGAACUCUGGGGGCAAUGUUGAUGUAUCGGAGGAAGCAGAUGUGGGCAACAUGGUAGAGAUGUUCUCUUGA